GUCUCUCUCUCGGUGGGAAGAGAAAAUUCAGAUUUUGCAAACAAUUUAGGGUUUAAGAAAGAUAAAUCUUCUUCAGUGAGUUUCGAGCUCCGUCCUACGAAGAAAACUUGCAACUUCAGCAGCCAUGGCGAGCACCAAAGUUCAGAGAAUUAUGACCCAACCUAUUAAUCUGAUCUUCAGGUUUCUCCAAAGUAAAGCUCGGAUUCAGAUUUGGCUUUUUGAGCAGAAAGAUUUGAGGAUUGAGGGACGUAUUACUGGUUUUGAUGAGUACAUGAAUUUGGUGCUGGAUGAAGCUGAGGAAGUAAGCAUCAAGAAGAAGACCAGAAAACCACUUGGAAGGAUUUUGCUUAAAGGAGACAACAUAACUCUGAUGAUGAACGCGGGCAAGUGAUGUCUGUUGCAACGGAGGAAUGAUCUAACUAUCAGAUGGUUUAAGAGUUCUUGUUUCCACUCUUGUUUCCUUCGGGAAAGGUUGAAAUUUUUUACUGCUUACUUGCUGUCAAAUUGAAAAAAAAAUCACUUGCAAAACCUUUUAUGAGAAAAACAUAUUUCUUCAGAAAAACCUUAUAUGAGUGUAACAGUCCAAAAUCUGAGAUU